CAGUGAAUGUGGACUUCCCCAAACUUGGAGUUUGAUCAGUCACUGGGGCAAUGUGACUGUGGUGUUUGGGACCGUCGUGCAUGAUAAUAACAGAGUAGAACUUCUUCUUUUUUUCUUUUUCUAUGUUAGGGAUAUUUAUUUUGAAGCGUUUGUUGAGUAUGAGUUCCAGGAGUGGAGAGAUGGACUGGCGGUGGACAGUUUUCACACUGUUUCUGAACUUUCAGUUCACUUACGGGUCUCCCUCCUCCUCUUAUGACUUGUUCCAAGGGUCUGCAUACACUGGAGUGGUACACCGACACAGGAACAGGAACUGGUGUGCCUAUGUGGUGCGCAGGAACGUGAGCUGCGCCGUGCAGGGGAGUGUGGAGAGCUUCCAGGAGCCCGUAGUGGCCCCCUGCCCAGCCUACCAGCCCGACUGCCAGCAACAAGUGACAUUCCAAAAUCGGUUUCGACCCACGUACAAGAUUGCCUUCAAGACAAUAACAGAGUUGGAGUGGAGAUGCUGUCCUGGUUACCAAGGUCUGGACUGUAAAGAUUUAAAGCCACCCCCAGACCGACAAACAGUUCAGGGAAUACAGCCUUACCUCCCACCAAAUCAUGGAUAUACAACCAGACACACACAGAGGCCAGAGCGGAGAGAGACAGGGCACCAUGAGACGAGGCAUGGUGGGACAGAUAAGGUGCAUCUUCUGGAAGGUGAAGUUCAGCGCCUGUCUCAGACAGUCCUGGAUCUCCAGUCCGCUUUGACAGGGUUAACCGCCAACCUCCGCACAGACCUGCAGGAAGACACAAAGACGAUACUGGUGACACUUCUCAACAACAUGCGUCCGCCAGACAGCGCUACGGCUGUGGGCACAGAGGAGAGCCCGGCAGUGCUGGAUGGUCAUCAGGCCACUAGAGGUGGGAUUGCUGGAGACAAGGCUCUAGAAAAAAUAGUGACCCGGUUGGAUGAUAUCAACAUUGAACUGAAAAGCAAGGAUGAAGCUUUAGAAGACCUAAGAGGAACCAUGACAAGUCACGAGGGGCAGAUCCGUGUCCUGAUGGAUGCCUCUCAAGCUCAGACUCCAGCCAUAGCGGAGUUUGAUGUCAUACAGACCUACGUUGAUGGAAAAUUUGAGAAGCUGAAGAGGGAGCUAGACCAGAAUGUGGAGGAACAGAUGGCCAAGCUACAAAGCUCAUGCAAUGACAAGAUAAAGACCUGUGAAGACAGCCGUGAUCAAGGUUUGGUCAGCCUGACAGAGCUGGUGGAAACCAAGGAGGCUGAUCUGAGAAAGGAGAUCCGGGCACUACGUCUGGACAUGGCUGCAGCAGACGGACCUGUACGAACUCAAAGGCAGACUGAUCCAACCAAAGCGGAAGAGGAUCGUAGUGCCCACAACGACCUGUGGCGUGAGAUUGACCGUGUUGCAGAGGCUCACCGCAUCCUGAAUGUCCGCAUUGACAACGAACUGGCGCACAUAUCUGCACCCCAGGAAGACAAUGAUUACAGCCUAAUGAUGGAAGAGCUGGAGGCUCGCCUUAAUGUCACGGAGCAAAAUGCAGAGACUCAUUGCUUCUACAUUGAACAAAAGUUUUCGGACGAGGUGGCGGCACUCCGGCAGCUUCUGGAGGAUCGUCUUAACGGCAUGGAGGACCAGUUUACAAAUAUGCUGGUGGAAAUGAACAACAACUCCUUCCCCGGGAUGUUUGGUGAGUCCACGGAAGCCAUCCAGACUCAAGUCAACAACAAUAAGUUCCUCCUCCAGGGUUUAGAUGAUAAGGUCAAUGCUGUUGGAGAGUUGUGCUCUGCAGGAUGUUCAGGCUCAGGAAUUAGUGUAGGUGCAGUGAGUUCAUCGCCCACACCUAAAGGUCUAGAAAACAUCUUAAAGGACAUGAGUCGGUAUAGGAAUGACUUGGAUGUUCUUCACACAGAUGUCAGGGCCAACACGGACAAGUUCAGGCAACUGGAAGAUCUUGUAGGAAGGCAUGCAGUCGCAACUGAGAGACGUGCGAAGACAAUGGACGACUUCCAGAAGGGAUUGAUUAAUCUCCAAAAUAAUGUGCUUGGUCUGGCCGGUGCUGUUACCGGGUUAGGUGACUCCUUAAGCAAAUACAACCAGGAUAUGCACAGCAUAAACUCGACAUGCUGCCACGCAGAGCAGCGUGGCACUGGGAGUCCAGCACGGGACAACUGGGCAUCAGUCAUCGCAGGACCCAGCCAGGCAUAUGACACCAGACGUCGGGUGGACGACCUGAAGUACAGGCUUGAUACGCUCAGUAGGCAGGUGUCAUCUGAACUGAGUCAGUGUAAACAGAACACACAGGGUGUCUCUGAUGGCAUUUCUGCUGUGGACGGACGUGUGACCAGACUUGAAAAGGUGUGUGGAAGGUUAGACGGCGUUUCCGCCAACAUCAAAGAGCUGAAAGAUGGACUGGAGAGACACGUUGGUGGUCUGCAGGACUGUAUGAAUAGGAUGAACGCCACCUGUGGAAAUCACGGCGCAGACAUCAUCGCGCUGCAGAAUGCCUUGCAGAUGUUCCAGGCACAGCUGUCUGCGAUGGCCAAACAUGUCCUGAAAGACGUCACCGCCAAAGAGCCAGGAAUGACCUUAAGACCAGAGAGGCCCGCUUCUUUGCCAGAUUCGACCAGAAACAGAAUCCAACAAAUCUUCAUCCCUCUCAUCCCUCCGCCAUCCAGGCCCAGGCAGCCGUACAAUCCCAGCCAACCACUGCAGCCCAACACACACACGAUUAUGAUCAGUCCGCCAAGCCAGCCGUCCAGACCCCGGCAACCAGGAGGCCACCCCAAUCUUCCCCUGGUUCCAAUAAGGCCGGUGGUGGAGACGGGCGAGGCGGGACCUCCAGGGUACAGCCGCAGGGUGACUGUGCGGAGAGGGUCUGAGGACUCGUCCAGAAUUCCAGUCCAAGGAUUCGCUGGAGCACCAGGCUAUCCUCCUCUGCAGCCGGUGUCUUUCAAGCCUCAAUCAACCAGCCGCCAAGUUCCCGUAGCAGCAAAGGUGCCCUGGAACCAGAUGUAUCAAAAUCCAGCUGUAUCACCAGUUUCGGCCGCUGACAGCCCCUUCCCGGAUCCCUUCUCCUUCUCUGCUGGCCUCACACAGCAGCCGCUCUCUGGAGACUUUGGUUUCAUCCGCUUCAACAGAGUUCUGGUCAACGACGGUGGACACUACAAUCCCCACACAGGGAUCCUCACUGUACCUCAGGAUGGCCGAUACCUGAUUUCAGGACUGCUGACUGCCAAGCCGGGCGAGCAUGUGGAGGCCGUCCUGUCCGUGUCCAACCGCAGCGUCCAGAGGCUGCAGAGCUCCUCGGGGCCUGUGGCCGGUCAACAUGGGGGCUCAGCUGCUGGAAGCUGCGGCUGCGGAGGCUCGGUGUCCUUCAGUCUGAUCCUGCCCCUGAGGAAAGGAGACCGCGUGGGCCUGGUGAGGACCGGAGGCCAGCUGGCCACCACCGGGGCCAGAGAGAUCCUCUCCACCUACAGCGCCAUCUUCCUGUACGCACCACAGGACAAAAGAUAGCCGGAGCUCAUCCAAGGACUGGUUUUGUUCCCAGAUAGCUGGACUGGAGGAAAUGUUUUCACUGAUUUGCUGUGAUGCCGCUUCUUCACCACGCAGUGCCGCCGUGAGAACCCUCACUUAUAAAUUCAGUUACAUUGCAAUUUGUAAGCCGUUUGCCAAAUAUACCUGAAUACAAGAAGCAGGAAUUGUUUCUAAUAUAUUUGAUUAUCACGUUGCCUUUUUGUACCUAUUGUGAAUGUCUUGUGUAAAUAAGUGUUUAUAAAUUAACAUAAAAAAUCAUUAAAUCUAAUUAUUAUUUUAACAAAAUCAUAUCAGCAGAAUAUGAUAUUGUUGGUUAGGCAAUAAACUAUGAUAAAUCAAA